AUGAGCAGUGCACCGCCGGCCUCGGUGUGUGUGCCGGAGGUGCAGGUGGCCAGCGGUGGGGCCACAGGCGGGCGGCUGGAGCCGUCCUGGCCGCUGUGUCUUGCAGUGCUGCAGGUCGGAGGUCCAAGGGCCAGGCGUGGCAUGGCCAGGAGGGACGGCCUGCCAGCUGUGUCGCAGCCCCAGGCUGCUUGCAGCCCCCCGGAACAGCCGCCCAGCACGGCGAUCCUGUGCAACACGUGUGGGAACGUGUGUCGGGGGGAGGUGCUGCGCGUGCAGAACAAGUACUUCCACAUCAAGUGUUUCGUCUGCAAGGCCUGUGGCUGUGACCUGGCGGAGGGCGGCUUCUUCGUGCGGCAGGGCGAGCACAUCUGCACCCAGGACUACCAGCGGCUCUACGGCACCCGCUGCUUCCGCUGCGACUGCUUCAUCGAGGGCGAGGUGGUGUCGGCACUUGGCAAGACCUACCAUCCCAACUGCUUUGUGUGCGCCGUCUGCCGGCUUCCCUUUCCUCCUGGGGACCGUGUGACCUUCAAUGGGAAGGAGUGCAUGUGUCAGAAGUGCUCCCCCCAGACGGCAGGUGGCGCUCACCUGUCCCCGGGCCUUCGGAGCUGUGGGGGCUGCGGCUUAGAGAUCACCAACGGCCAGGCUCUGGUGGCCUUGGACAAGCACUGGCACUUGGGCUGUUUUAAGUGCAAGACCUGUGGCAAGCUCCUGAACGCCGAGUACAUCAGCAAAGACGGGCUGCCCUAUUGUGAGGCUGACUACCACUCCGAGUUCGGCAUCCGCUGUGAUGGCUGUGAGCAGUACAUCACUGGGCGCACACUGGAGGCCGGGGAGAAGCACUACCACCCUUCCUGUGCGCUAUGCGUCAGGUGCGGCCAGAUGUUCGCGGAAGGCGAGGAGAUGUACCUGCAAGGUUCCUCCAUCUGGCACCCGGCCUGCCGGCAGGCCGCCAGGACUGAAGACAAAAGCAAGAUGCAGACCCCAAUCUCCAGUCAGGCCUGCCCAGGGGCCACGCCCUGGGCCCUACAGGAGACCAGGACUUCCUCGGAGAGCGUCAUCUCCGCGCCUGCCUCCAGCACCUCGGGGUCCCCGAGCCGCGUGAUCUACGCAAAGCUUGGCGAUGAGAUCCUUGACUACAGGGACCUGGCAGCUCUUCCCAAAAACAAGGCCAUCUACGACAUCGACCGCCCCGACAUGAUCUCCUACUCCCCCUACGUCAGCCAUGCUGCGGGGGACAGGCAGAGCUGCGGCGAGGGGGACCAGGAUGACCGGUCCUACAAGCAGUGCCGGACCUCCAGCCCCAGCUCCGCCGGCUCUGUCAGCCUCGGGCGCUACACCCCAACCUCACGGUCACCCCAACACUACAGCCGUCCAGGCAGCGAAAGUGGCCGCAGCACGCCCAGCCUCUCGGUGCUCUCCGACAGCAGGCCGCCCUCCACCUACCAGCAGGCUCCUCGCCACUUCCACGUCCCAGACACUGGCGUAAAAGAUAACAUCUAUAGGAGGCCCCCAAUCUACAAGCAGCACGCCAUGAGGCGCCUAGACGGAGAGGAGGAGAGCUCCGACCAGGACAGCAGGAAGACCGGCUGGCCGCUGCUCAAGGGCGGCGUGGACACCAGGACUAACUCUCCAGACCUGGACAGCCAGUCCCUGUCCCUCAGCAGCGGGCCGGAGCGAGACCCUCCGCACAGGCCGCCCGCGGACAGCUUCUAUGCACGCUUCCCCUAUUCCAAACCUGACUCUCUCCCAGGACCCGGGAAGGAUGGCCUGGACCUCCGGAACGCCAACCUGGCCCCUUGUGGAGCAGACCUGGAUGCCAGCUGGGGCACGCGAGAGUACAAGGUCUACCCUUAUGACUCCCUCAUCGUGACCAACCGAAUCCGCGUGAAGCUGCCCAAGGACGUGGACAGGACACGGCUGGAGAGACACCUGUCCGCCGACGAGUUCCAGCAGGUGUUCGGCAUGAGCGUGGAGGAGUUUGACCGCCUGGCCCUGUGGAAGCGGAACGACCUCAAGAAAAAGGCCUUGCUCUUCUGACGGCGCCAGCCAGCGCCUGGCCCCGGUGUCAUGAAGGCCCCCCCGAGCCUCGGCCUGGCGGGCGGGGGCCGGCGGGGGCGGCCCUGGGGACAUGGGGGCCAGGGGCCCCGUACUGCCUGUAGUUUAGGGCCAGGGGGCCAGCUUGGCCCACACACCCCCUCCUCGGCUCGGCCGGGUCAUCCUGGAGCCCCUUCCCGGCCCCUGCAGUGCCCAGGCCCCGUGUGAGGCUCUGGGUCCGGCGAUGGCUGGGGCCCGCCAGCCACAGACGCCAGCCACAGACGCCACCCAGCGCAGCCAGAGCGCAGCGCGGUGCCAAGCAGCGGCGGUCACUGUUCCAGCUGGCUGUGACGAGUCUCUUCUAUUGGGGGGGGGCUGAACGUCAACCAGACAGGGUGCCCCAGCCCAUGCCCGCGUGUGACCCCCCUUCCCAAUCAUCCCCUAGACACCUAAGUGACAGCUUGUCAACAGCACAGAGGUUUUUAUUUUACUAAGAAGUCUAGCUUCCUCAUGCCCACCACAGCCCACGUGCAGCAUUUAGUUCUGGGCGCGUCCCCACGGGGAGCGACCCCGCCUUACCUCC